CCCGAAAACCACUAACAGCCCUUCGUAUUAUAGCGUAGACCCAUUUAAUGAUUUCCGACAGGAAGUAAGAUGGCCGGCCCGGCUUCUCCGGGGCAAGCUUUCGUGCGGUGACGUCACGCGCGCUGUCAUUCGCCGUUGAGUUUGGCGCCACACGGCUCGGGGCAGUCGGCGCGCGGGCAGACAGGCAACUAACUGUGUGCGGGCUGGGAGCGCGGGAUCCUCGGCAGCAACAUGGCGACUCCAGGGCUCAGCGAGGGGGCCAUAGCGGUAAGUCGCCAGGCGGCCAGCACAGUCUGGGCUACCUAGUGACGCACGAAGUUUGAGCCACUUCUCCACGCUGCCGGCUGGCACAUGAAAAGGGCUGCCCUGCACUAUGCAGCGCUCGGGUUUAAUGAGGAGGUCUCAGGAUUGUUACAGUGUUAUUAGUUAUUAGUUAGCUUCUAUUGUGGGUGACUGUUGCAUAUUAUACCAUGCUGCACUUUUCAUGUGCUGCCCAUCAGCAUGUAGGAGCUAUAAAUGUUUGGGGGCACUAGGUGGAUCUGGGCAUAGGGCCCAUGGGUUAUGGUAACCACAAGGCUAUUAUUGUAAUUUAUAUUAAUAUUAAAUUAGGCUAUAGGCUUCCUAGGGCCCAGGGGUUAUGGUAACCACAAGGCUACUAUUAUUGUAAUUUAUAUUAAUAUUAAAGAAGGCUAUAGGCUUCCUAGGGCCCAGGGGUUAUGGUAACCACAAGGCUAUUAUUAUUGUAAUUCAUAUUAAUAUUAAAGAAGGCUAUAGGCUUCCUAGGGCCCAUGGGUUAUGGUAACCACAAGGCUAUUAUUAUUGUAAUUCAUAUUAAUAUUAAAGAAGGCUAUAGGCUUACUAGGGCCCAUGGGUUAUGGUAACCACAAGGCUAUUAUUAUUGUAAUUCAUAUUAAUAUUAAAGAAGGCUAUAGGCUUACUAGGGCCCAUGGGUUAUGGUAACCACAAGGCUAUUAUUAUUGUAAUUUAUAUUCAUAUUAAAGAAGGCUAUAGGCUUCCUAGGGCCCAGGGGUUAGGGUAACCACAAGUCUACUAUUGUAAUUUAUAUUAAAAAAGGCUAUAGGCUUCCUAGGGCCCAUGGGUUAUGGUAACCAUAAGGCUAUUAUUGUAAUUUUUAUUAAUAAAGACUAUAGGGUUCAGAGUUUUUGGUAACCAUAAGGCUAUAGGCUGCUACCUAGGACAUGAGGUUUAGAAGGGGCCCGGAACCAUGCAUUGUGCAUGGCACUAUUCACCAUGCCUAUGUUAAAGGAUCAUUACAGUGUCAGGAAAACAAAGCGUUUUUCCUGACACUAUAGUGCCCUAAGGGUGCCCCCCUCCCGUGGCGUUGAAGGGGUUAAAACCCCUUCAGUAGCUUACCUUAUUCUAGCGCCGGGCUCCCUCGGCGCUGGUGACCUCUCCUUCCCCGCCGACGUCAGCGGAGCCGAAUGCGCAUGCACCGCAAGUGCUGGGCGUGCUUUCAAAGUGUCCAUAGUAAAGCAUUUCUCAAUGCUUUCCUAUGGACGUUCUGCGCGAUGGAGGCAUAAUAUUCCAAUAGUGUUGCAGAUGCGCCUCUAGUGGCUGUCAGGAAGACAGCCCCUAGAGGCUGGCUUAACCCCAAAUGUAAACAUAGCAGUUUCUCUGAAACUGCUAUGUUUGCAUCUGAAGGAUUAAAACCUGAGGGACCUGGCACCCAGAUCACGUCAUUGAGCCUAAGUGGUCUGAGUGACUAUAGUGUCCCUUUAAGAAUGAAAGGACCAAAUAGGUUGCCUUCCCUGGGCCCUGUGGGAUCUAAAUCCUUCCCUGCUAGUAACCCUAUUUACUGAACAUGGUUGAAAACUUUAUUAACAAAGGAAUAACUCUUUUGACAGAUUUGUGUUUGUUUUUUACGGUUAAGAGGUAAUUGCCUUUAGGAUGUGAUACUGUGGCAUGUAAGUCCUAAGACUUGGGGGAAAAAAAUUGGCAGGGAGUAUUUACUAACCUAUUUAAAGCGGCACUGUCUCUUUUGGAAUCUCUUCAUUUUCUGCAAAGCAGCCAAAAAUCUGCUUAAAAUAUUGCACUAGCUGUAGAGAUAUACUUAAAGAAACACUUUAGUGUUAGGAAUACAGAUAUAUUUUUAAUAUUAUAGUAUCCUAGUUACAACCCCCCAUGAGAAAUAGUGGAGUUUUAUUUAUUACUAUUUAUUCAUGGUUCUACCUUUUAAUGGUUGUCAAUAUGACAGCCACUAGAGGCAACAACAGCAUUGCCAUUUGGGAGGGGGCAUGGCACCCAGACCACAUCAUUGAGAUGAAGUGGCUUGGGUGUCUGUGUUCCUUUAACAGCUUGCUCCAAGGCAUUGCUUUUUGCUGGUGUCACUAUUUGUAUUCUUGCAUGAAAAUUAUGAACGAGGUCUGUGUGUGUUUGUAGUAAUCAUGCACCUGCUGCUUAGACACAAAAUAUGUUCAGUUAUUUGCAUUUGUAUUCCAUGAGAACAUCCAGCGUCCGUGAAAUCCCCAUAAGAAUGCAAUGAGUCAGUGCUUUCCUAUGGGGAGGGCCUAAUGCGCUUGCCGUACUUGCGCAUUAGUACCUCCGAUCAGAAGAAGUUUGCAGGCUCUACGAAAAUUGGCACCUUAUCCAACUCCAGUCUGACAGGUUUACCUGAAAUUAUAUCCCAGACACCAAAAUAUUGUAUUGACAAAUCCACGGUGAAAUUUUAAAGGCAAACUGCUUUUCAAACAAAAUAUCCAAUUGAAGCGGUCAUGAUAUGUAUGGCAUGUGAAUCCAGUAGUGACUAUACAUGGGUGUUUCGGAUUUAUCGAAGGAAGGAUAGCCAUCUUGACCCACCAGGAUGCCCUGAUACGAUACUUCCUCUGUUUAAUGAGGGUAAUCAUCAAUGGGUUGGUAACUACUAUACCAGUAUGUAUUUAUUUAAAUUUUUUUGUUUCAAUGCCCUAUCAUGUUGCACAGUGCGUGAAACACGCAGAGCUUUCCCUCUAACCCUGUAAAGUAGCAGAAGCUGGCUCCUCUUCAGCUCGAUGCUAAGAGUAUGUGAUGGCCCUUCGGUUCACAUAUAAGAAAGAUGUAUACAUGCUGUCUACAAUGCACAGUGAAAGUACAGUGCUAGUGUCUGUCAUAGAAAGAAGUGAUCAGCUGGAAAACCCAAAGUUGUAGAGUUCAGCAAGUAUAUGGGGGACUGUACUUCGUUGAUGAAUGUAAAUGACAUUAUUAUUAUUAUUAUUAUUUAUUUUACUAUUUAUAUAGCACCAGCAAAUUCCGUAGCGAUGUACCUUAUCUGGUGAACCAAAAAAAGUAGGCCCUCGUACAAGGAAAUUGCAGUCUUUUUAAGCCAGAUUGCAAUUUUCACAUUUUACGUGCCCUAUAAUAAUAAGUAGCAAUAGGCAAGCCAUAAUCGUUUCAUGUUGAAGCUUAUGUCCGAUAUUUUACUUCAUCUUAAAGUUGUUGUAGUGCCUUUUUCAGUCUUGAAUUAAUGUAUCUCCCAGUUGGAAGAAUCUAAUCCAUCCGCUCCUUUAUAGAGAAGCAUUGAAGAUCUAAUGUGCAUGCUUAGCGACAGCCGCUCGCACUUUCAAGCUUCCCUGUAGCAAAGCAUUUAAUUAAUGCUUUCCUCUGUGGGAAUCUACGUCUGUAUUACUUGGUCAGUGCUGUGGAAGCACCUUUAGUGGCUAUUCUACUGAGAGGAGGACUUAGAGUUGAAUUUGUCAUGACAAAUACCCUUUAUCUUAAAUGAUAGAUUCAAAUGUCGUCUAUACAUUGUUCUUGCAGAAUUGUUUGUAAAUAUCUAAAUUUCUUCAACAUUACAUGUUAAAAUAGAAAACUAGCCGUUUCCUCCUCCUGUCAGUCUGUGCCGAACCGCCUAAGUGAAAGAAAUGGCCUGCAAGGGGAAGAAGGGAGGAGUGUAGCAGCAGAGCGGAGAGAAAUAGCCAGAAUGAUUUAUUGCAGCAUCUUUGGACAGGCAAUCUGAGAAUGGAGUGAGAGAGAACAGAUAAUUGUAGAUUAUGCUAACAUAGUGUACCUAUAAUUUUAAUAUUAGUAAUGACAGGAGGUGAAUAUUUUGCAUUAAUGGGACACUAUAGUCACCAGAACUAAGCUUAUUAUAUUUGUUCUGGUGAGUAUAAUCAAUACCUUUAGGAUUUUAGCAGUAAACACUCUUUUCAGAGAAAAUGCAGUGUUUCCAUUACAGCCUAGGGAUACCUUCACUGGGGUGGGUGGCGGGGAGUAGAUGGGGAUUUAACACUUUAGGGUCAGGAAUACAUGUUUGCGCUCCCGACCCUAUAGUGUUCCUUUAACUUUCUUUACUCAAACUUCAACAGCAGAGAUCAAUUAUAACAUUUUUAACCUAUCAGCACAAAGGUUCAUGACAUGUAUAAAGCCUUAACUCCUUUUUCUUUGAUGUGAGAAUUCUCCAACAGAAACAUGAAUGUAGAAACAAAAGGAGCAGAACAAAUCCAACUGACUGAGGAGAGAGAAGGUAUCAGUUGUAUUAGGAACAUCCAAACCUCGGGCAAGACUGCGAAAUUUCCCAUUCAAAAGAACAUAAAUAAGUGAAAGGCAAAAGUAAUGAUGUUGUGGCAGUAUAAACCAUAGCGAGUAAUAAGUUACCAGUGUAGAAUAGUAAAAGAUGACUACAGUAGGUAGAAAACUAUCAUAUUCAAUAAAACAAAUCACAUAUACAAUAUAUCAGUGGAUACACCUUCCCAGUGCAAAUAUAAAAAAUUAGGUAAUAUUACCAUAUAUCAUCAUAUAUUGGGUAAUUUUCUAUAUUUGCACUGGGAAGGUGUAUACACUGAUAUAUUGUAUAUGUGAUUUGUUUUCUGUGUUUGGUGUAUGUGGGAAGCACCAUUAUAUCAGUUACACUACCCGCACAGUAUCUUAGCUACAUACCAAAUUUACAUCAAAAUAGUGAAGCGCCUACACACUAUUUAUUUUUUUAGUAUAUUCAUAAAACACCAGUGAGAUAAGCCAUAGCAAAGAAUAGGGCUUAGAAGGGAGGAAAAACUCGCCUUCUAUCAUUAUUAAAAUUUAUAGGUACACUACGUUAGCAGAAUCUACAAUUUUACAACAUGACAGGAGGCUUACUAUUUUGAAUUUUCAGAGGAAGCAAUGCGAAAGAAGCAUUAGCAGAAAGUCGAAAGUAAAAGUUCCAAAAAGUUCCUUCAAGAUCAGUCCAAGGAACACAUAAUAUCGGCAAGAGAACAAGCAUAUGGAAUGCGCACCAAAGCAAGAGUCGAAACCGGCUAACGAUAGAAGCCAGUGAACCCAUCUUGCUAGUGUUGUUGUAGAGACCAGCCAAUGUGGUUGCACAUACGAGAUGUGUAGAUGACCAGUCAGAGCAUGAUGCAGCAUAGUGGUAAUCUCCACACAGUGAAUUAAUGUCUUAACAAUACAGUCAUGGAGCCAUUGGCUGACAGUCCAAGUUCUUUAGUGGCCAUAUUUGAGUAUUGCGUCACUUCGUAAAAGCACCUCUUGGUGCAGAGAGCAGCGUUGGUAUUUCCUAGUAGGCAAAUACUGUGUUGGGUCUAUUCACACACUACGUGUGGGUCAAGCAGGGUACCAUGCUUAAAGUGCAACAUUUUCAUCAAAGGGCCCAGUAUUUCAAGUAAUUUAUCUUGGAAUGCUUUUAACUCCUCCACUUCUUGCAGGGAUUGUGUCCAGUCCGGGACAGAAAGAUCACCACUGUCUUUUGUCGGGCAGUAAACGUUGCAGGCAUGCUGCUCGUAGAUGAGCACUGACCUCCCAAUCUAUAGGCUGUCUGAUCCAGAAGUUGAUUCAUUUAGCCAAAUGAGAAGGGAAGCUCCACUCCGAAAAUCUCGGGUGCCAUCUGGUUCUUGGGCCUAGUGGACAUCCCUAAGUUUCCAGGAAAAGUCCAUCUACCUCUUGCGAGUUAGAAUCAUGUGCCUAGUCUAGAGGAAAAGGGUUGAUGCAAACAACUCCCUGACACAUUUAGAACCAUAGGAGGCAGGUUCUGCCAGUUAUUUUCACCCUCUGACGCGGAAUCAUCUGCACACCAUUCUUCCAGAACUUUCCAUGUGGCAGGAGGUUAAGCAUCUUCCUCAUUGGAAGACAGCUUUCGAGGGGGUGGUUCUGACACAGCCACUCAUUUGGGGCUCUUAAUAGGCCCUUUUCCCCUUGGUCUUAGAAGGAAGUACAGGGACGUCUUUCCUGUGGUGUUUGAGAGGCGGGAGAUCUCUCUGAGCACAUGGUGUCAUCUUUCCGCGGCAGAAUCUGGCCCAUGGACUGGGUAGGUACCUCGUGAGGAGGUUGAGUAAGACUUUUGGAGAGAACUUUCCCACUGAAGCUGCAAUUGCAGCGUUUUCAUGGACUGGAAGUCCUAGGUUUGAGGUGGUGAAUCACUCCUGUUGGAGUGUGAAAUGUCCUGUGGAGGAGAGGAUGUGUGUUAAUAGCCUGUUUUGGCGUUGGCAAGGCCUGACGGGGAGUCCCCUUGACAAGUACAAUUGAGGUACUCCCAGAGUUAAAGGCAGCACCAACCCCACAAAUCCGUAGAUGAGUGUCUCAUGAAAUAAUGUGAGGAAUAACCCUUCGCUGCCGGUCACAUUGACCGGCUAAUAUGGCAGGGACUGACACCUUGAAGUAUGGGGAAGCGCUGACAUCUUGCUAGUGUUGCAGUAGAGACCAGCCAAUGUCUCUCUACUACAACACUAGCAAGAUGUCAGCGCCUAUAGGAAAGGGGGUUAACCCUUUAACCCCCUGACAUUCGGGGUGGGAACCAGGAGCUGGAUUUUAAUCCGCUUUAAAUGGAUAGUCAUCCCAAUUGGGUUAGUGGUAGCUAAAAUGGGGGCUUACCCACUAUAUAACACAGUGUACCAAGUCAGUAUGAUAUAAAUCUUUACUUUAUGGGAAAAGCAUCUCCAAUCCUUCUAAGGGAUAUUCCCAGGUAGUAGAGUAGAUCCUUUGUUGAAGGGGAAUUCAAAGAGCAGGAAUACUUAGAGUAGGAGGUAAUCCUCUGAAGUAGCAGAGGUUAAACACAUUGAGCCCAAGUGAGAUCCAAGCUGAAAAAACAAAAUGGCCGGCGUGAAUCUCGCGUCAUUGUGAGAUCCAAGAUGGCCGCUGCAUGUGAGGACCCGCUAGGAACAACUCCCACGGGCCCGUGCGAUCAGUGGGAAAGCAGCCGGAGGUUUCCUACUGCCCCUAUACCCAGCUGAAAAAAAACAGAAAAGGGUAUAGCUCAAGAGAAAAAUUGUGCCGCAAUUUCAAUAUGACAUAGAAAAGGGAUCCCAUUACAAACGGGCAGAAGACAGAAUAAAGGUUAGGAAGUUACAGUAAAGUUUGCUUACUGUAAAUAAUAGCCUGGAGAAGAGGGCAUGAAGGUUUGCCAGGGCAUACAUACAGUAAAUGUUUUGUAAGGAUACAAGAAGGGGGAAGGGAAGCCCAGAGAGAGACGGGAUACCAAUGUAGGCCAGAGAGGCCUGGGGAUACAUUAAAGGCUUGAGAGGUUAGUAGAACUUUUAAGGAGUGGCAGGGCUAGGAUAGAUUAUCACCACAAAGUCAAAUAAGCAGUACUAUAGAAUCAAUACACAGCAGGUGCAGCAAAGAAAGAGGAGUAAAGGCUGUUUAAGCUUUACACGUCAUGAUUUUUUGUUUCUGAUUGGUUAAAACUUUUGUGAUUGAUCUGUGCUGCUGGAGAGUGGGUAAAGAAUAUUAAUGCAAAAUAUUAAGCCUCCUGUCAUGUGGUAAAAUGUAUUUACAUACCAUAAAGCCAAAAUAGUGUUGGAGACUCUUAAUCUAUUAUGGGAAGAAAGUAUGUGGGAAUGGUGUGUCUUAUAUUAAACUUGGCUAUUCAAUCAAAUUAAAUCAUACAGACCAUUUGAUUGGUGCUGCACAUGCUAUCUUCCCAAUGUUUCCCUAAGGGGAAAUCUUGUAUUGGCUGAGAUAAUCUUCUACACUGAUCUCUGCCAAAGUGGCGGAGGGUGGUAAGAGAAACUGGUGCGACAAUGGUUUAAAGUUAAGUAAUGCUCACCUUUCAAACCCUCAUACAGGGUGUAGGGGUCCUAAAUAGUUCUCAGAAACUAUAACACUGUAGUGUUUCUUUUUCCACUUGCAACAGAAUUCCUUCAAACUGAACAGCAAGUGUAUUUGCAGUGUUAUACAUGACUAAUCCGUGAAGAAAGAAAUUAGAAGCAUGGUGAAUAAACAUUGAUUAUUUAAAAAACAAACAAAAAAAAAAAACAGAUUUAUUCAUAAUUUUUAAUGGUUUUGCAGGGAAAAAAAAAUCUAUCUAAAGAUAGUUUUCAAUUCAAGAUACACAAUAGUCCUGAGGUUAUUUAGCAUGAUAUGUGUGGAUUAGUUAUGUAUCAUGAGGCUGUAUACUAUUUGCAUCUUUGGGGAAUGGAUUCCAUUAAUCCAAGCUAAUUGAACUUGUCUUCAGAGAUAACAUGCACUUUUGCACAACGUUAUAAAAUAAGCCUACAAAGUUCUGAAGAAGACCUUAAUCCCAUUGUUUUAAGUUGUUUUCCAAGCAUGAUCGAUAAGCCUAUUUAUUAAUCUGGACGUACUUCAGCUUGCAAUAAUGUUGUCAUUGCCUAUAUGUGUAGUUCUAAUUAAAUAUAACAAUCAGAUGUGAUAUUAAUAUUGAUUGUUAAACUAAUCUGAAAAAUUAUAAAUAUGAAAUCUUCUUUUGGCAGCAAAUUUUAAAGCUUACAAGAACCAGCAAGAAUGAGUAUUUACAUUUAAAAAACAUCAUGAUAAAAAUUGAACCUUGCAGUGAUUGUAGUCAAAUCCAUUCUGUUUACAUGUACUUAAUCAACAGCAUUGUGGGAGAACUUAAAUGAAGCUAGCAGACAAUCUUUACUCUGGAGGGCUGGUAGAGUAAGAUAAAUGUGACUUUUUUUUUUUUUUUUUAAAUUCUCUAUAUUCUAGUUAUUAAAAAUAGGAUUUGCUUGGACAAUAUAUUGGUCAUGAGGAAACUAACAUUUGAAGUAAAAACAAUUUUAUUUUUACUGGCUAGUUGUUUAGAGAUAUAUAUGUAUGUAAUUGAUAUCUUGAUGUUGGUUUAUUUACAGGCUAUCUUGCAAGGAGAUUCUACGUCCAAGCCAACACUUCAAGUCAUUGUAAGUGGAAAGUUAAAAAAGUGUCUUUAUUUUACUGCAUUGUAUAAUAUACUGUACUUACUGUUUGUAAUAUUCACAAGUGCAUCACUUUAGAUUCAUGGAUGUGACAAAUGUGAAAAAAAAAAAGGAACCUAUUAACACUAGAGUGCCAGGAAAACGAGUUUGUUUUCCUGGCACUGUAAUGGUCCAUUAAACGCAUUGAAAAUGGUAUAAGACUGAAUGGUGGGAACAUAACUUAGGUCCCAAAGUGUUUGAUGCAAUGAGAAUGGUCACAGUGGCACAGAACAAAAGCAUUUGCCAUUUGUUCUAUGUGCCUCCGCAUCCCCUAUUACAACAGGUAAUAAAAAUGUCUUGAAGAUGUAGAACAGCAUUGUAAAUAUAUUGGGACAGGGUUGGUGUGGCAGAAUUUAAUGUAGAAGCCUUUUUAUUCAAUUUUAACUAAUAUUUCUUAAUUUCUUUCCUUAGAAUAUUCGUCCAAUCAGUACUGCAAAUGGCCCCCCUCGUUAUCGCCUGCUAAUGAGCGAUGGCUUAAAUACACUUUCAUGUAAGUAUUUUAUUUGUAAAGUAUUUUACCAGGAUGGGUACAUAAGAUUUCUCUAAUUUUCAAGUAUGUCCUUGAGCCCACAAACAUUGCAUUGUUACAAUAUAAAAUAUUAAAAUAUAUAUAAUUUUUUUUAAUUUUUUUUUUUUAAAAACAGAACAGGUAAGAAAUAUCGACUGUGAUCACAGGUGCAUUUUGCUUUGAGAUAUGUAGAGGGAUCUCUUAAAUAAUCUUCGGCUGGGGUAGAUUUGAAAGUGUCCAGGAGUUUAUUCCAUAAUUGCGGUGCUCUGUAGGAAAAUGAAGAUCAAGACACUUUUUUUAUUGUGGCAUACUAAAUAAAGUGCUGGUAUUGGAUCAGAGGCUAAAGGGAGUGGGAACAGCUGGGGAGAGCAUUCCACGUGGAUAGGAUGGGGAGCUUCCCAGAAAAGCUCAAAGCUGUAAAGAUGAAGGGUGCGUCUUGUAGCGAACCCCGGGUAACUUAAUUAGUUACCUCCUCUAUUUCUCCUCUCAGCCAGACUGGAAGCGUGUAUGAUUUAUCGCUCUCUUCCUCCAUUUUCAUUAUCAUUAUCAAUUUUAAAUAUUUUGCUCAUAAACUUUUUAGUCUUUUGAUAUUCUUAAAGUUUUUGCAUAAGGGUGGUUUUGCUCAAAAUGACAAUGUAAUUUAGCAUGUGCUAACGAACUGUUUGGCAAUAUUUUCUUGCAAAGUAAGGCUUGUGCUUGAGGAUUAUUAUUAUUUCUGGCACUUGUGAAUCCAAAUGAUAAGUAGUUGUCGUCAUAUUUUCUUUUCUUUGUUUGAGAAGAUUUGGUAGCAUUGUGUGCUUUUUUUUUUUUUGACUUGUCUCUAUUUGAGAAACCGUAGAUUCAACUAUUUCGAACCGUUUUUCUGGAUUUCUUGUUGUAUCGUCUUUCUCAGUUUCUAUAUGUGUCGAACAGUUAGAAGUAGUAAUUUUUCUCUUGACAGUUCCUUGUUUUAACCAGAUGUCCAAAUUCAUGGUUGUUGGUAAAAAAAAAAAAUACAGAUCUCACUACGUGACUGCAAUGCAUGCUGUUUCUUAUAAAGCUCUUAAAAAGAAUAUAAAGUAAGUAGGAUUUGGAGUCAGUCUUGGAACAAACAGAUUAGAACACUUUAACAGACCUGACUACCUCACUGCAAAGGAUGCUGUUUUUUCUUUUUGUUUUUUUUAUAAAGCCCUUGGAAAGAAAUUAACGCAAGCAGAUUUUUGGCUCAGUCUUGAAGUAAAAAAAAAUAGCUUUUUUUUUAGCUUUAGGACACAAUACCAUUGUUUUGUAGCUUCACGGAGAUUUUUACAAUUUACAAAAGCAGGUCAGUGACCUCUCUUCUACCGAUGCAACCCUCAGACACCAACUAGCUGCACUGGAAGACCAAAGAAGGUGGAAACACCUGAACAUUAGAGGCCUAGCAGACAGCGUCACCAGCGCAAAACUGCCUCAUUUUGUACGCAGACUUUUUGCAGCCCUCCUGCCGCCUAAACAGGCAAAAGGCAUGUUGUAAGACAAGAUGUUCAGUCUCCCUAAGCCUCCCAUCAGCCGCGGGUUCAACUACUAGUGUCCUACUAAUAAAAGACAAGGCCGCCAUCUAGAAUGCAACUAGAGAGAAAUCCCAAUAUCGGUUUGAAGAAAUGGACCUUGCCCUUUUCUCCGACCUUUCCUGCACGACACAGCAAUGGAGAAAAUCACUACGUCCUCUCACAAGACUUCUGUUGAAUCAAAGCGUUAAAUAUUCUCAUCGUACAGCACCAGAACGUGGAAUACAAAGUGUCCGAUGACUCAGAGAUGCUAUCCUGACCAGGCUUGGUCUGCCUCGCAUCUCCAUAUCUUCAACUCCAGCCUGGGACCCGACCACCAUAAUCCAAUUUGUACCAGCAACCAAGAGCAAGAUCACUGUGGCAGUUAUCUGAAUGCAGCACUCUCUUUUAGGUUUUUAUGCCUUAUUUACAAAAUCUUUCUACCUUUACAAAAAGAGACUUAUGCGUUUUAAGUUUAUCAGUUAAGUUAUAUAUAGUUUUGUUUCUUGGGGUUUUACCCUACUAAGUUUAUGGGAAAGGCUCUUGAUACCCCUGUGGCUUUCCUGGGUCAUGACUGGGAAUAACCCGGUUACGCUAGCUCCCCUAUUACCACCGACACCCUAGCUCCGCACACAUAGUUUCUCAUUUACUCCAACGUAUGGAGAUGCCAUCAUUGAUCGCAUCGCUUCCCCUAUUUUUAAGAUCAUACUUGCCUUUUUUUUUUUUUUUUUAAUUGUUCUGUUUUCUAUUUUGAACAUUGCCGUGCCUUUAUACUGAACCUACAGUUUAUAUAACACCUACACUAAGUGCUUAGGUGCGGCUGUUUGCGGGGGGGGAGGGGGGCGGCGGCAUAGCACGUCUCCGCCGUCCUUUCUACUUACCCGGUCGCCGGCGAUCCCAUGCCAGCGAUUGGUGUGGGGACUCGCCUAGCUGCCCAGGGAGUCCCCCUCCUUCCUUUCCGGCCUUCCUGGGCCAUGUGAUCGCGAGGACCUCGCGAUCACAUGGACUGCAUAACCGUCCAUGUCAGUGCCAGCAGGGGGAGUGCUUGUAAUGACAGGUACUCCCCCUGCUGCCUGUAAAAAAAAAAAAAAAAAAAAAAAAAGGUACUUAGAUCAUAUAUAUUUAUAUACACACAUACACUAAGUGUAUUUUAAUAUUAAUAUAAUUGUGUGUGUGUAUAUAUAUAUAUCUCAAAGUAGACAUAGAAUAUUGAUUAAAUAUAUAUACCAUAUAUUAUAUAUAGAAUAUAAAAUAAACAUAUGUAAAUAAAUGUGUAAUUUCAUUCUAACUGUAGUUUAAAAUACAAAUAUAUAUGCACGCACACACACACACACACACACACACACACACACACACGUAGAACAAAAUAUAUAUUUGUAUUUUAUUAUACACACACACAUAUAUACAAUGUCUUGAUGGAGAGCACUCACAGGACUCCAGAAUAUUUCAAAAGUGCUUUUUAUUUCAGCAAUCAAUGUUCAAAUACAAAGUGUUGACGUUUCAGUCCAACCGGACUUUUAUCAAGACAAUUUAACAGUGUUAUACAACUCCUUUAAAUAUGCAGUGCUCAAACAUUCAUUGGAGGGUGUUAAGGAUGAAAACGAGGUUGAGUGAUGUCAUUAAUGACGUAUCUCAAUUCAAAUGAGCCAUCUGUGUAAUUAAUCCCCCAAUUCCCCAGAAUAAAAUGAUAUAUGUGUGGGUGCACAUAAUAUGAAAGAGGCGAAUUACGCCUGAACAGACAUAUAGCGCAAAUUCCAGUUUUUGUUUACGUUUUGUUUUGAUCACAACAUGUACAUUUGGCUCAGUCCUUAAGGGGUUAAUAACAUUUGUUUAUUUCUUUGCAGCUUUUAUGCUGGCCACCCAGCUGAAUUCACUAGUAGACGAUAAUCUUCUAGCAACAAACUGUAUCUGUCGGAUCACCCGAUAUAUUGUAAACAACCUGAAAGAUGGAAGGUAUUUUCUUUGUCCUUGUGUUCACCAGAAGUCACAUCAUGCAUUUUCACCCUUCUACUGUAUGUUCCUCAUGUGUGCAUUGGAAUGUAUUGAUUGCUAGUUAUGAAUAGUAUCUUUUGGUGUUUGACUCGUGUAGUACAUAGCAAUGUUGUACAUGAGAACUUGGUUUUUAAGUUAGUUUUGUGCUACUUUGAGAAUUUACAUUGAAUUAUCAGAACUCUAUUCCUUCUGUGUAGGGUGUAUUUUGCAUUGUUGGCUCAUGAGCUGCUUCAGCAAAGGAAAUUUUGAGGCUUGAUUUAAUCUUAGUGUUAUGCACACUGAAAAGAAUCAUAAAUAUUUUUAAUAAUGCCCCACAUGAACAACAUGACUUGGAAGUCAGUGGAGAGUGGGAGGCAAGAAUGUGUUGCAAUUAGCCACCAAGUUAUGUUUACAUUUGUACAUGCAGUGAGUCUUCUUUUGUUUCCUCUCUGUACCUUGAUGUCACAGGCUCUGUUUACAAAUCUGUGUUGUCUUUCUCCUCCUCUUGACUGCAUCGGAACAUUGCUAUUAUGUCUUAAAUGCAAUUUGAACAGAAAAAAUAGACCUUGGGAGUUAUAUGGAAGACAUAACUAAUUAUAUGUAUCUAUCUGUUUAUAUAUCUAUCUCUGUGUAAAUACUACCAUGUUUAUUUUCUGGAGCCUCAGCAGCAGAGAGAAAUAAAUGAUAUCACUGAGAGCUUACGUGUAUAGUUCAUAUUGUAUAUGAGACCUUGGCAGCUAAGGACAUGUACAUGUUUACUGUAUCUACUUAAGGAGACAUGGAUAGAGGACUUAUCUUUGCACCAUAACCAAUUAAAUAAACAGAAAUUAUUUUGCUGCUUGGAGUGUCCUUGAAAACUCAAAGUACCAUAACCACUACAGCGCUCUGUAUUCUACUUUAUUAACGUAAUGUAUAUUAGGUAAUUACAAACCUUUUUUUAAUGUACGUAUAGGAAAAUCCAAAUGGAUGGCAAGUGUAAAAGCACCAUAUGAAUUGGCUUGUAAUCUGAAAUGUGUGUAUAAAAUUCUAUCAAAAUGUUCAUUGUUUUUUCCUCUUAAUUGUAUUUACAUGUUUUCUCUUAUCUUUACAUGUUUUUCUCUUACUCUUUCCAUUUCUUAGGCGCGUGAUCAUAGUGAUGGAUAUGGAAGUUUUGAAGCCUGCUGAUGAGGUUAAUGGAAAGAUUGGGAAUCCACAGCCCUAUAAUGAUGGUACUAGAACUUGCAACAGGUUUUCUACAACUAACGUUUAUUUUUCGAGACAUUAGCUGCUAUUUUAUUUUACACCUGAUAUGUUAUCUUUGUGUAUCAUUUCCUUGAUAUCUCUACCUACUCCUCGCAUAACUCAAAGCAUCCCAUAGAGUGUUGAUGGCGUGACUCCUCACCCAUUUUUGUCCAUUAAGGAGAGCACGUGUAAUUCAUUGCUUAUUUCCACACAAAUUCUAUUAACACAGUCUAAAGCGAUCCCAGUAUUUGCACCCUUCAAGGAUAUUCGCUAAAGUGAAUUCGAAAUUUCGGAUCGAAAUAGCGGCACUAGAAACUUUCUCCAUGUCGGCUAUGCUUUCUGUUCAGUUGCUUUGACAUUACAUUUGAGAUUCACUUUUCCUUCUUACUUGGUGAAUAGCCCUGCUAGUCAAAAAAUGUGAUUAGUACUUUAAGCCUCAUUUACAAGUUUUAAGAAAGUUACCUGCAUGUAGUGAGUUUUAUUUAUUUACGAGUGAGGGUAUGUGUGACGGUUCCUGUUAGUUUAUUAGAAGUGUGACUGUGAACCCCAUAAUAACUCAUCUGUGAUUGUGCUGUCUACGUAUUGGUACAUCUGUUGCUCAAAGCCAUCUGCUUGCUUGAAAAAUGUUUUUAGAAAUGUAUCUUUGCAUAUGUCACUCUUGUUGACAGUGUGCAAUGUACGCUUGAUGUGUUACAAAUUUGUUAUAACUUACGCAAUGUUUUGUUUUUGGUUAGUCUGUGUUGAUGUAAUUUUACCUAUUUUAGUUUCUGGGACCCAUUGUAGCCUGCAUAAUUUUUUGCUUUUUGUAAGCUCACGUAAUUGUGGAACAAUAACAUUUAUAUUUUAACAAUGUGUAAAAUCUAAUAAAUAUAGAAGUAAUUGUUUUCUUUUGAGGAUCUUGGAUACUAAGAAGAGUAAAUGUUUGUGAAAUUGUAUAAAGUUCUUCUGUGAAAGCCAGAUGGUUUGGGGAAAAUUGUUAAAUUUAUUGAUUUGUUCUACAUCAUAGCUGAUUUCUAGAUUUUAUUUUUUAAUGCCUCUUGUACUGGUUAGAUUGGUUGUUUUUUUUUUUUUUUUCCUCUCUAAACUCUAUAUCUAUGCUUCUUCAGGACAAGGGCAGCCCCAGCCAGCAGCACCUGCACCAGCCUCUGCUCCUGCACCAGCCCCUAUCAAACCGCAGUUUAACUCUGGUGAGUUACUUUUCAGUUUACGUAUACAUGUGUAAAUUGCCCUCAAUUUGUAUGCAUGGUAUUCAGAACUGGCGCUAUUUAUGAAAGAAGAAUUCCUGACCUCGCAUCCAGUCGGUCUUCUUGCUUGUAAACACAGACUCCAGACAACCAUUAACAUGGGGGAGAGAACAACCUUCUUUGAUUGCUUUGGUUUUAACUGCACCAGAAUUAAAAUUAUAGCUAUGGCUUAUUUACUGACCUUCCUACUACCUAGUUGUAAAGGAAAUUGAAGGUUUCUCUAAGGACACAAUUCUGCUGCAACCUUAUAUUCUUUCUUUUUGGGAUGCUUAGAGACAAUGUGUAUACCUCCCUAAUUAAAAGAAUAUGAUUUGUAUACAUGUAUAACUCCAUGUGUUCACUCUGUGGUAUCAUUAUGUUUGGCCAGCUUUAAGCAUACCAGAUCAGCCAUGUGUUUCUUCGAUACACACUUCUUACCCAUAUUAAUGUUUAAUGAAAAUAGUUAAUUGGCAGUGUUGCAGCAUACAAAUUCUACAUUAGAGUACUACAUUUAAUGCGCUUCCCUCAAAAUAGUAGUGAUUCGUAUCCAGGAAAACAUUGGGGUCAAGCAACCAUGUAAAAAUGCUGUGAUAUUAUUUACAUACGUUACACGGUGCUAAUCCUGGCUUGCUUCACUUUGUUUGAUAAGGGGCUAAUACUGCAUCUGGUUUAAAAUGUAAAGGCUUUGUAAAUGUAUGUAUUGCCUGUGUGAUACUGUGAUAUCUGCAUUGCAGGCAUUGCCAUAGUGUGUGUUGGAUGGGAGGAGGAGAAUGUUCCCUAUAGGCCAGACCUCUAGAAGGCUCUUUAUUUUAUCUGCAUGCUUCCUCUUGGGUCUUGUGGAUUUAAUUGUUAUUUUAAUUCAAUGUUUUAUUGAGUCUUAAAAGCUUGUGUGGCUUCUGAGGAGAGGGUUAAAGAGAGCACUCAUAUCUGCCUGUGUGUAUCUUGUAAUUUGUGCUUUAAAUGUUAUGUAUUUCUAAAAGUUUUAUUAUUCAUAAGAGGGAUUUUUAUUUUUUUUCCUCAUCAGCUCCUCCUGCUUCCAUGAACCGUGGCUUAUCUAAACCGUUUGGAGGAGGGGGUGUAAUGAGUACCCCCGGUGGUUCUCAGUCCAAGGUGGUGCCAAUUGCCAGCCUCAAUCCAUACCAGUCGAAGUGAGUGACUUCUCAUUUCUGAAUGAAAAAUUACCAGGAAAGAGCUGCUGAAAUAACAAGUCAUGUGCUUUUAUUUAGCUUUAAUUGAUCAUUUGUAUGGGAUUGAGAUUUUACCAUCCCUUACAGUAAAGCGAACACCCACAAAAAACAGAUUCUCAUUUAGUAGUAUAGAUGUAUUCUCUUAAAUGUCAUUUUAAGUUUUUACAUGGGUUUUCUGCCACAUAUAUACUUGCCAUAAAACGUGUUUGGUUCUUGUCCCGUUUUACUUCGAAUUUCAACUUCUGCCUUAAAAUCACAAAACUGAGUGCCUCUGGUAGCGGUAUGUUCUUACUUUUAAAGAAUUAAUAAUGCUUUAAAAUGAUUAGAAUUUUCUUUCUACAUUUCGCAUGCAGACCUGUCACUUUAGAGAACGUUAUAUUACGGAGGACAACAAAUCAAUAAAAAUAAUUGAAAUAGCGGUACACAACGAAUGCUUAAAGUGGUUUCCCCAAAUUCAACUGAAAAUGCAACUUAUGACUUCUCCAGUCUCAAUUAUUCAACCCCCUAAAUUAAAUCCCUCACAACGGCACAAAUAUGCUAAACAGGUGUUGACUCAAGCAAACCUGAUGCAACUAAUCAAGGGAUCCUUAGUGCUUGAUGUGCUUUAGCUGGAACACCUCAAAUACCUGAACUGGCUAGGGGUUUGAGUGUCACAUUUGACUGCAUGUUGGCAAUAUGACUAAGCCAAAAGAAUGGUCUACAAAGAGAAGAGAUAAUUGCCCUUCACAAACAAGGAACAGGAUACAUAAAGAUAACGAAGGCACUGAAAGUUCCAAGAGACCUGGUUUGAAGCAUAGUUCACAAGUUCAAAGUUGAAGGAACAGUGGUAACACUACCUGGUCGGGGCAGAAAAAGGAAGCUAUAAAGACCUGCAGCAAAUAUUGGUGGCAACAGGCACUGAGGUUUCAGUGAGCACAGUAAGGUGCGUACUAAACGUAGAAGGUUUCCAUGCCAGAAAUUCAAGACACACCACUACUGACCCAAAAGCACAAGAAAAGUCAGCUCUAAUGUGCUCAAAAUAAAGUACAGAAGUUUUGAGAUUCUAUUCUGUGGAAAUAUGAAACAAAACUGGAACUUUUCAUCCCAAUUGAUCAGCGAUAUGUCUGGAGGAAGAAAAAUGAUGCAUACACUGAAAAGAACACUGCCUACUGCUAGUAUGGUGGUGGCUCGAUGAUGCUCUGGGGCUGCUUUGCAUCCUCUGGCACCGGAAACCUGCAGCGCGUGGAAGGCACGAUGGAUUAAUUGAAGAAAUCCUAGCAGAAAACAUCAUGCAGUCUGUGAGGAAGCAUAAGCUUGGGCGUCAUUGGACCUUCCAUCAAGACAAUGAUCCAAAGCAAUACCUCAAAUUACUCCAAAGGCUUGGUUGCAGAAGAAGUCCUGUUACUAAAUUGGAGGACAAUGCUUUUGAGCAAUGGACUAUGAUAGCUCAAGCAUGCUGCCAGAAGCUGGUGUCUGGCUUGCAUCUCAUUUGCAGCAGGUCAUGACAGCAAAAGGAUGCCAUUCUAAGUACUAAAGAUGCUUGCUAUGAAGGGGUUGAAUAUUUUUGAGACUGGAGAAGUCAUAAUAAGUUCUAUUUUCAGUUGAAUUUAGGGAAACCACUUGAAGCAUUCCCUGUGUUGAGCUAUUUCAAUUGCUUCUGUUUGAUUUGUUCAUUGUAAAUUUUGACAAUAAACCUGGCGGUUGAAUAGUUUUGAUUACAACUAUCUUCCCACCACCACCACUGAGUAAAGUCAAUACACAAUAUCUAUAUAUUUUUAUAGAUGGUUGGAUACGAACAAUACAAUGAAACAUAAACCUUCCUUGAACGUUUGUGGAUUAUGAAAAUCAUUUGAUAUUCUGUUAUACUUAUUAGGGAUAUUUAAUUCAUUGCAAUGCCUAGUUGCCCAAAGGGAAUUGAUCAUAGUAAAUGUUGGCUUUUUAAGGGGGAAAAAAGAGUCUUUCACUUUGGUUUUAAAUUAAUUCUCCAACAUAUAACUAUUUGUGCAUGAAGAGAAUGAGAUUUCAGAUAUUGGUCUCUUUAAGAUUUUGCUUAAUCUUCUCUGCUACACAGUAUGCAUGCUUGCCCAGCAUUUUCACUUCCAGCUAGGACUAAAUUGUGCAGCCUUAUUGGAUGAAUUUUGAUGCCAUUCUAAGGAUUAUGUGCUAGCCAUACCUUGUUCAUCUGAUUUGAUUGUAUGCUUUGUUUAUUUCAAUCCUUGGACUUUGUCAUUAUUCUGCUAUCGUUUACCAAGUCUAAUACAGCCUUAGUCACGUGACCCUCCCUGCCCACAUAUUUCCCAGCACAAACAUCGAUGUAGCAGCGCAAAUCUACACAUUAGCCCAUUUCCACAGUGGUAGUUUGAUUGUAAGCCCUGUCUGGAAUAUUGAAUUUUCUAGUGUGAUGCUUGGUAGAGUGGAGAGUGCAGAGUUUUGCAAGCUACUAGCAAUUGAUUGGAUUUGUUUGCUGGUCUAAAAUCUGUAAAAGCUUCCUGUGGUACCACAAACUUGAAGAUUUAUUUUUAAUGCUUUGCUCUAUCUAGUGACUAUAUUUAUUCUGACAUAUCUCUUCUACUCAGUCUUCAUUCCUGUCUUGUGGAGCUUAGGCUCUUGGGGGCCCGUGGUGUUUUAGACGUAAAUUUAAAACUCUAAAGAAGCGUGACAGGCUAGAAUUCAGAACAGUUAUUCUUUCAUUGAACACUUUUUUUCCCCUUCUUUUCCAGGUGGACAAUUCGUGCUAGGGUUACCAAUAAAGGGCAGAUUCGUACAUGGAGCAACUCCCGUGGGGAAGGAAAGCUAUUUUCUAUAGAGAUGGUGGAUGAGAGUGUAAGGAGACAACGCUAGAUUAUUUUGUACUAUAACACAUGUGACUGGGAUUUCUAAAUGUUAUCUAGCUGCCGCCAGAUAAUUAUUGCCAUUUGUGAAGCAGCCUUGGAAUUACAUUUCCUACAACGUUUUCUUGGCAACAUCUUUUUUUUUUUUUUUAUUGUUCAUUUUUGGAUUUGUUAAAUAGCUUUACAAAAUAGACCUUAAAUUUGCUUCAUUUGUGACCCUCCAUAGUUUUUCAUUUAGAGGUUUGUCCACUAAAUAGUGUUCUUUUGAAAAUCAAAUUUGCUGAAUCUGCUCCCUUUAGAAAUUCUGAAAUACCAAUCUACACAGGCUUUUGUGACAAAGUUCCAAUUUUCUUGAUAGAAGUGAUUUUUCUUUUUUUCUGUCUCAAGUGCCAAUCCUCUUCAAUGAAUGGUUAUUACACUACCAUUGUAAGGAACUAGACCACUCACACGAGCAGCGCAUUUUAAAAUCUUUAACAUUUGGGAGGUUUUGGUAAUUACGGUGUUGUAAUAAAUAUAUUUACCAAGGUUACCACACCAGCAUAACAUGAAUAGGCUAUAGAGUUUUAUGUAUAUUGGAAAGAUUUAAAGGGAUGCUAUAUGCCAGGAAAUCAAAGCUGUAUUCCUGGCACUAUAACACUCUGCCUGCCUCCCCCUCCCAAAUGUCCAUUAUGAUCCAGGAAGCCACUGGAGGCAGAAUUAGUGCUGCAGUGUAAAUGUUACAGCACUAAGUGCAAUAUGGACAGUGCACCCACAUCACUUCAAUGAGCUAAAGUGGCCUGGGUGCCUAUAGUGUCCCUUUACACUUUUUCACUUAAGUUUGUGUUUUUUGGUUUUUUUCUGAUUGUUUUUUCCCCCCACACCACUUCUUACAGUCUCUUAUAGAUUUCUAUGAAAGAUCCUGUGUGGAACUGGUACAUAUUCAGCCAGGCCCUAGAGCACCCCCACUCUGUACUUCAGCCUCCAAUAGUUUUUGUUGUCAUCUUCUUUAAGAAGACUGUUGCUGUUUACUGACCUACAUAUCUCCUAAAUUGCUUAUCAGGAGUUUAUGGGAUAUACUAGAAGGUCCCAUUCAAAAUAGGAGCCCCAAGAGUGGCGGAGUGCUUUUGUCCACUUUCUAGUCUCUAUAGAACUUUUUUUUUUUUUUUUUUUAAAUUGGUCAAUUACAGCCUAUUGUUUCCCUGUAAGUCAGGCUGCUGUUGAAGACAUACAGUGAAAUUGCUGACAGUUACAACAAUAUGCCUCUUGUCUCGUACUGCCUGAAACUGUUCGCUGUUAGACGUGAAUGGCUUACUUCUGUGUUUCUAGCCUUAUAACCUGUUUAAUAAUUUGAGCUGUACAAGACUCGUCAUGCUUUCUAUUCUUGGUCACUUGCAGAAGAACACAGUGACUAAAAUGUUUUUCUGUGCAGAUGUUUCUCUGAUGCAAGAACAAAAAUCUGUUAUCAAAUAAUUAGCUCUCCUUGCCCUGGGUAAAGAGGGGGUGGAUGAGUCAUCAUAAGCCUGGGCAGCUACUGCAAAUGGUGACAUCUUUGUCAUCAAUUAGGUACAAAGUAUUUUAUUGCCCACACAUCACGUGCAGUCUAAAGUUAAUUAGAUAAUCAUCUUGAUUGUCACUAACAAAGCAUAUUGUAUUUAUUUGGGUAUAUAAUACAUAUUUGCACAUACCUACAGUCUAUAAAUAGUCAGACUGUAGUAGAUGGUGUAAGCUCUAAGGGAUUACUGUGUUGACAAGUAAUAGGAAGGGUUCCCAUCAUGCAUUGCAUAUUUACAAUUCAAAGACAAUGCACAAAUAAUCAAACCCAGCACCCCUCCUCUCCCCUCAACCCAACUUUUUUGAAUUUUCCACCUAUUUGCAUCACAUUUUGGGAAUCCUCUGGUUCUCCAUUGAUGAUGGCCAAAACAAAGAAAUGCUUGAGAUCUCUGCCAGGCCUAGUCACAUUAAAACACCUGUUAUGCAGAAUUUUAUAGAAUACCUGCAAAUCUCUUAUUGCAUUUUAUUGAAAGGUAUUGAUCAGCCAUGUGCAUAACCUUUUUGGUUUGUAACUAGCACGGGUAGUUUUAUUUAUUUUGACUUUUAUUUAAAAAUUCCCGUAAGGGGAAUGCAUACGUAGGAUGGAUUUUAGGUGCAAGCAGUUUUUGCUUUCUGAUUGGUUUAUGUAUCCAUGGAUCAGGCAUCUAGUAAAAAAAAAAAAAAAACAGCAUGCAUGAUCUCUUUGAAACAACAUAUGAACACAGUCUACAAUUAGUAUGUUUUAGAAAUGAAAAACAAGUUUAAAUCUGUAAUUGCCUGUAAUUGGAAAAACACUACAAGCACCGUAAUCCGUACUUAUGGUUCCUUGAGUUCCUGAAGGACCAUGCAGGAGCCAUCUGCUCUCCAGAGCGGAACAGACUCCCGCUUUUAUUGGGGUGGCACAAAGGCACUUGGUGCACCAUACCCACUUCAAUGCAGAUUUUAAUGUUCUUAGACUUGGAGUGUUUUAUCAUUUCUCAAUAUUUUGAUAGUUUGAUUUAUUUUUAAAGGUUAUUCACUAAAGUGUGAAUUGUCAGGAAUUCAAAGCAAAUUCAAAGUGCAUUUCGAAUUUUAAGCCCAAACUGGAAGCUGACUUGAAAUUUUUUUAUAGUUUGGCUAUUUUGGCCUUAAAUUUGAAGUGUCACUUUACUGAAUAUCCCUUGGUUAAACUGAGCCAAAUGGAUCAUAUUGCUGGAAUGAGAUUCAUUUUAAAACGGCUUCAUGCUCUAGAAUUGAGCCAAAUGCACGUGGCCAAAAUUUUUAAAUGAAUCUUUCCAUUUAGUGAAAAGACCACUAUAUAUGUAUGCUUAUCGGUUUACUUGUCCGUUCUGAAAAGCACUAGGUAUGUCACAGGUGAUGUUGACUCUUUGUGUGUGGAACUAUGUAGGCUAUAAUGACAGAAUAAUGGGUACACUUAGAACAACAAAUGGGAGUUUUGAUCUCAGACAAAUGAAGUUCAACAUAUAGCAAAUUUCAGAUGAGUUAAAAGGACACUCUAGGCACCACAACCACUUGAAAGGAUUGAAGUCAUUAUGGUGCCUGGAGUCUGUCGCCAGAUCCUUUCACUGCUAAAAGGUUUACUGUGGAGCCGAUAUAUACUCCCUAGCUGCCCAGCCUCCAGUUAUGAUAUGGCAAAAGUGGGAGCUAUUCUUCUGCUUCAUACCAGCACUCAGCCAAUACUCUCAGCCAGUCACUGCCCUCUACCCAUAGUGUCAUGUAGCGGAGCAUAGCCAUUUCAUCAUUGAAGGCCGUGCUGCAGGUUGCCACUAUGGACAGACCAUCUCUACUAAAUGGUUAGCAAACAGUUUAGCGGUGAUUUGGGAUCUUGUGCCGAUGGUCUUCAGAGACCAUAACCACUUCAAUUAGUUGAGGUGGUUAUGGUGCCUACAGUGUCUAUUAAACUUUUCUCCUUUUUUUUUUGACCGUUAAAUAGACUAUAACAUAGAAAUAGAGAAUGUAACGGCAAUAAGAACCAUUCAGCUCAUCUAGUCUGUCCAAUUUUCUAAAUCAAUAGUCCCUGGUCUUAUCGUACAUCUGGGGUAGCCUUAUCCCUAUCCUAUAACACUGGACAACAAGGCUCUAUGACACAUUUAAAGCUUUUAUCCACUCAAUGGCACUGAAAGGGUUUACGCUGCACACUCAAAUUUGAUAAAUGUUCACAUUUGAUUUUAAGCAUAGUUAGUGAAUAUGCUGAUCUAACUUUCAUGUAUGUGUAUUUAUUUAAUACAGGGUGAGAUCCGAGCUACUGCUUUCAAUGAACAAGUGGACAAGUUUUUCUCCCUCCUAGAAGUGAACAAGGUGGCUACCAAUUUAACCUUUUAUUUAUUUUUUCGUUUACGCUCUGUGAACAAUACAAUAAUACUUAAUAUCCUCUGUUUUAGGUAUAUUACUUCUCUAAAGGAACUCUAAAGAUUGCCAACAAACAGUAUACAGCUGUAAAAAACGACUAUGAGAUGACGUUCAACAACGAGACCUCUGUUAUCCCCUGUGAGGACUCUUCUGAUGUUCCGACUGUGCAGUUUGAAUUUGUACCUAUUGGUGACCUGGAAAGCAAGAAUAAAGACACUCUGCUAGGCAAGUAUUUUGUUCAACAUUGGAUCAACCGUGUAUCGAAUUUUAAUUCAUAGGAUUCCAUCAUCAUUGUCUUUCUUUUAAUGUUUAUCAAAUCUGCAGAUGUAAUUGGAAUUUGUAAGAGCUUCGAUGAUGUAACGAAGGUUACAAUAAAGUCAAACAACAGAGAAGUAUCCAAGCGGACCAUUAAUUUAAUGGACACCACGGGCAAAUUGGUUUCAACGACUCUGUGGGGCGAAGAUGUAAGGAUGUUUUAAAUUAUUGUAGUUGUUGGAGCUGCCAGUGUUUACAAAGGCUAGUUAUAGUCCUUGUCCUACUAGAAAGUAUUAAUCAAAAUUAAAUAACUUGCUAUGUGCUCUUUAAUUUUUCGAUCCAUGUUAUACACCAUUUAGUGGAAACCUUUCUUAAAUCCCAUUAUACCAGUGUAUUCCUGAGUCUACAAUUUUCUGUGCUUCGAUGUACAAACACUUUUGAUCUGUGAGAAAAAUACACAUUGUGCUAAUGCCACAAUUGGCAUCCUCCUAAUUAUCACUCUCUGGAGGUUGAAACAUAUUCCAAAAACCUGUGGGAGGCUUGUGGCAUGCUUUUCAAUAAUAGUCAUGUUGCAAUCUGUAGAUUUAGCUUUCUGUCACUUAUCCACUAAAGCAUAUUGUGUGUAAAAUAAAAACAAAUCUUCCCUCCUGCAUCUUUCCUUAAAACUUCAGUAUGAAAGCUAAAUUAAUAAUAUGAAGGCAAGCAAGGAAGGUUAGCUUUUGAUAUUGCAACACGUGCAUGCUGUGUUUUCCAAGAUUCACAGGUAACCUGAUUACUGUGCGAUCAUAAUGGGAAAUGUCAAAACUGAACCCCAGAAAAUACUGAGCAGAGUCAAUUUACAUAGCUUGUUCCCACUCUCUUCACAAGGUACUGUCUAUAAUGGCACAGGUUGAGCUAAUAUUAGCUGUUGAACUGUUUGCAUAUCGCUUAGGGUCCCCCAAAGGUUAAAGGGCAAUCUAGAUUUGCAAUUCCAUGCUAGACUGUGUGUAAAGGGGUAACAUCUAUACCUCAAUGGUAAGGCCCAAACAAGGCUAAAAUUAUCUACUGAUGUUGUCAGAUUUCUGUUGUAGAUGGGAGCUGGCUAGGAUUUGGAUUUGCCACCAGAUUAACUAAAACUAGUUGAGAUUUUAGAGGAUCAACAGAAAUGCAAGCCCUUUGUGUGACUGUUCAUUAUUAGUAUUAUUUGCUUUGUUUUGCUUUAUCAUUGAUUAUGUUUUGUGCAAGAGUUGGUAUUGCAGAAAUUAGCAUUUAAUUUUAGAAAUGUUGCUCCCCUGCUAGUUUUCUGCAAGACUUUUAAUUUAAAAUUACAUUUAUUUUUCUUUCUGUUUCAGGCAGAUAAAUUUGAUGGCUCCAGACAGCCUGUUGUGGCUAUUAAAGGAGCCCGUCUUUCUGACUUUGGCGGUCGAUCUUUGUCCGUUUUGUCAUCCAGCACUCUAAUGAUAAAUCCAGAUAUUCCUGAAGCAUUCAAACUCAGAGGAUGGUAGGAUAUGGGCAAAUAAAUGUUUGCUUUUUGUUUUGUUUAGAAGUAGCAGCCUUUCCAAAGUUCUACACUUUUACAAACCUUCUUUAGAAAUUGUUUUCUAAACUGAAACACUAGUGGGCGCUAUGUCAAUGCUGAAUCAUUUAAAUGCUGUAGUUUUAACCCAUUUGGUGUUGGAGGAACUGCAGCUGUUGAUUUCCCAGAGUCAAAACAUCAAAACCCAGUUGAAGAUCUUGCAUAUAAGGAGCUCAGAACAGAAGCAUAGAUUACUGUUUGUAGAAGUCCCUGACUGGUACUAUGCUAGUCUCUGUCUUGGAGACAUAUCUCUGUUUCUUAAAAAGGACAAUAUAAAAUAGUUCUACAGUACGCAAAACUGAAAACUAGAUAAUACAGGUUUUUGUUUUUUUUUAUAGUUUUUGUAAAAACAUACAAUUGAACCUGUAUUCUUUUUUGAUUUAUGAAAAGUAUUUUUUAUGUCCUGUACAUUCUAUAAGCAUAUUUUUUUAUAUAUCCUUUUUUUUUUUUCCAUACGCAAUAUUACUUUUCAUCACUUAGUUAAAUUGUCCAUUAUUCUUUAUUCUCCUCAAUAAUCGGGUGUCUUGUGAUGAGCAGAUACUCUACUAUCUAGGGGAAAUGGUUUAUUUAAAAAAAAAAAUUGGAUUCCUCUUAUCUCUGUUGUUUUAAUGUAAAUGGUCAAAUUUAAACUCCAAAUUUUCCAUAUAAUUUCCUUUUAUUUUUUCCUUCCCAAGGGGAGUUGGGUCACAAUAACAAUAUAAUGCAGGGUGGUUUCUUGGCUUGAGGUCAUGUCAGUCGCUUUCAUUUCCUCUGUUGUCGCUCCCUGAUUGAGUAUACGUUAAAAAUAAAGGUACCGGGAACUAGCCUUCCCAUUUCUUAUUAUGUAAUAUAAACUUUAAUCUUGCAAUAAAAUAUUUUUGUUUGAGGGUUUUUGUAAUGUUUUAAUUACAUAUGCCCUUCCAUAUAGUCUAGCCUCAAGAUUUUACCUAAUACAAUGUGUUCCAUCUGAAAUAUGUAUCCAUUCAAUAGCCGUUUGAUGGUUUAUUGAUGCAAUGAAGAAGACUGCAUCCUAUGAAUACUACUAAAUAAUUCUUUGUAAUUCUAUUUGUUUAAUAAAUAUGGAUGGCAUCUCACCAGGACAAAAUACGUGUGGUCCCAUUUGCACCUUAGACUUUGGAAUUUAACACAUCUGAACAUCUUUCUUUUCCAAAGGUUUGAUUCCGAGGGACAGGUUUUGGAAGGCACAUCCAUAUCUGAAUCAAGAGGUGGAGGAAUGGGUGGUGGAAACACAAACUGGAAGUCUUUAUUGGAAGCGAAGAAUGAAAAUCUGGGCCAUGGUGACAAAGUAUGAUUGUUUCAGUAAUACAUGAUUUUUCUAUGUAGAAUGUAUGAGUUUUGUGUUUAACGCUUGUUUUUGGAUUCAGUUUUCUGCACACUUAAAAUAAGCAAAAUAGCUUUGAUACGGUCAUUGCAAGAGUUCCUUAGGUAAAAUUUAACUUUAGUAAUUGAGUGCAAGAGCAUGAAAUAUUCUCCUCCAGAGCAACAGGAAGGGGAACCAAAUCCAUUCAGCUUUUGCUUGCAGACACUGUUCAGCCUGAGAAAGUGAUGCAAUUAGUUUCUGAGAAAUGGUCUGCUCUGGUAGUUCAUUUGAGUUAAUGGAGCCCAGGAGCAGCAUCUGGUUAGUACAUGGGCCAGGAAAUAAACAAGUUUACGAGCAUUAAGUUACUCUUGACCUUUUGUGUGUGUGUGUGUGUGUGUAUAUAUAUAUAUAUAUAUAUGUGUGUGUGUGUGUGUAUAUAUAUAUAUAUAUGUGUGUGUAUAUAUAUAUAUAUAUAUGUGUGUGUGUGUGUGUAUAUAUAUAUAUAUAUGUGUGUGUGUGUGUAUAUAUAUAUAUAUAUAUAUGUGUGUGUGUGUGUGUGUGUGUGUGUGUGUGUGUGUGUGUGUAUAUAUAUAUAUAUGUGUGUGUGUGUGUGUGUGUGUGUGUGUGUGUGUGUGUAUAUAUAUAUAUAUAUAUAUAUUACACAUACACACACACACACACACAGAUUUAUUGUGUCCUGGGUAAAUGUUAUUGAGGUGUUCUGGAGACAUCAAAAAGGCUGGUGUUCAAGGGGUUUAUAAAUGCACAGGGAUUUCAAUUAUGUAUGUUAGGUUAGUGUUAAUGUAAAGGUUAAUAUUUGUUGUCUGUGCAAGUUUUACAUGUGCACUCACCCACACACGUGUGUGUAUAUUAUUAUUAUUAUUAUUAUUAUUAUUAUUGCCCUUUAUAUAGUGCCAACAGAUUUCGUAGCGCUUUACAAUAUUAUAAGAGGGGGGAUUUAACUAUAAAUAGGACAAUUACAAGAAAACCUACAGGGAUGAUAGGUUGAAGAGGACCCUGAUCAAACAAGCUUAGUCUAUAGGAGGUGGGGGUGUAAAACACAAUAGGACGGGGAAUAGCAAUCAAAAUAGGUUGGAGUGAAGCAGAGCUGGAGGAGAGUAGAGUGCUGCCCUUCAGGAGAGAGCAAGAGACCGGUAUGUGAGGUAGAGGUUACUCUGGGAGGCCAUAAUCUUUCCUAAAGAAAUGGGUUUUAAGGCACUUCUUAAAGGAUUGAAGACUAGGGAAGAGUGAUGGCGGUAGGCAGGCUGUACAAGCGUGAGUUGGCUGUAUGGGUUUGAGUAGUGGACAGGAGGUGGUCACAGGCAGAGCGGAGAGACCGAGAAGGGGCAUACCUAUGAAUCUUAGAAGAGAUAUGAGGGGCUGGAAUUGGUCAAUGUUUUAUAGGUCUGGGUUAGCAUUAUGAAUUGUCUCCUAUAGGAUAAGGAUAUAGGAAGCCAAUGUAAGGACUGACAGAGGAGUGAGAGGACCGACUAGAGGAAAAUCAGUCUGGCGGCAGCAUUCAUUACAGACUGUAGAUGGGCAGUACGGUUUUUGGGAAGACCAAUUAGGAGAGGGUUACAAUAAUCCAUGCUGGAAAUUACUAGAGCAUGGAGCUCUUUGGUACCAUCUUGCAUAAGAAAGGGGCGGAUGCGGGCUAUGUUUUUAAGAUGUAAUCUGCAGGAUUUGGUAACAUGCUGAAUGUGAGGCUCAAAGGUAAGGCUGGAAUCAAAUGAGACAAACACAGCGCGCUUGCAAGGAUGGGCUGAUGUGGCUACCACUGACUUGAAGGGAGUACGAAAGAAGAUCAGUAUUAGGAGGAGGCAAGACAAGGAGUUCAGUUUUAGGGAGAUUGAGUUUUGGAAAGCGGGAGGACAUCCAGUCAGAGAUGGAGGAAAGGCAAGCAGUGACACGUUGCAGGGCGGCAGGGAAGAGGUCUGGGGAGGAGAGAGAUAGCUGGGUGUCAUCAGCGUACAGGUGGUAGUGGACUGAGACAUGAUGAAUGGAGGAGGUGGAGGUAUCAUUAGAAAAGGAGACACUGAAUGAGCGUUGGGAGAGAGAGGAGGACAGUGUCACAGAGACCGAGUGAUUGAAGAGUUUGAAUAAGGAGAGCAUGAUCAACGGUGUCAAAGGCAACAAAGAGGUCAAGAAGUAUUAGUAUGGAGUAGUGGCCUUUGGAUUUAGCUGUGAUUAGGUCAUUAGUGACUUUGAUAAAAGCAGUCUCAGUAGAGUGGAGAGGGCGGAAGCCAGAUUGAAGAGGGUCAAGGAGAGAGUUGGAAUUGAUGAAGUGAGACAUACGGGUAAAGACAAGUCUUUCCAGAAGCUUUGAGAGAAGCUCUUGUUCAGUAGCCAGGGAGAAAGUCUGAAGGGUAGGAAAGGAAUGGUCUACCCGUUGUUUGAAAAAGAGGCAGGGUGGGGAGAAUUUUUCUGUUCAAUCUUGCCGGUAAAGUAGCAUGCAAAGCUCACAGCAGGGCGAAAAAAAGAGUUGUGUCAGACGCAUGGGAUUGCGGGAGCAUGAACUAAUGACAGUGGAAAGUAUGACUGUUUGGCGAGAACAAGGGCUGCGCUGUAUGAACACAAUAUUAAUCUAUAAUGGAAAAAGUCUGCCUGGGUGCGAGACCUCCUCCAGGAGCGUUCAGCACAAUGGGAACAUCUUUGCAGGUAGCGUGUUGAUUUAGUAUGUCACAAUUGGGGGCGUGUCCUCCUCGAGGUGCAUGUUUGGAGCGUUCAAGGCAGAGGUGAGGGUAGUGUUAUAUGUGGAGAUGGCCAGUGAGGGACAGGAGAGGGAAGGGAUGGAUAGGAGUUGCAAAUCAAUAUCAGCUGACAGCUGCUGGAGGUCAAUUAUAACUAAGGUUCAUCUUGAGUUGAGGGGGGUUAGGCUUAGGUUGUUGGGUGAAAGGGUACUCGAGAGCAAAUGAUAAGAGGUGGUGGUCAGAGCGAGGAAAUGGAGUGUUGGGGAUAUUAGACACUGUACAUACAUAAGAGAAAACAAAGUAGAGGGUAUUGGCAGCUACAUGGGUGGAAGAACUAGCCCACUGCGAUAUCCCAAGGGAGGAAAUAAUUGAAAGUAGUUUAGUUUAGAGGCUGCUGAGGUCAGGGGUGGGUUAACGGGAAUAUUGAAGUCCCCCAAGAAUUAGGGAUGGUAUUUUAGAGGAGAGGAAGUAGGGUGGCCAGGCAGCAAAGUGGUCAAGGAAGAGGAGAGGGGAACCAGGGGGGGGCGAUAAAUAAUGGCAAUGUUAGCAGAGAAGGGUUUGAAUAUGCGAACAGAGUGAAUUUCGAAGGAGGAGAGAGGGGAGGGGAGUUGGGUAGAGUUUUGAAGGAGCAGUGAGGUGAAAGGAGAAACCCAACACCGCCACCUUUACUGUCAGACCGUCUUGGAUUGUUCGUAAACUGUAGACCACCAUAGGAUGAGGCAGCUGUGUCAGAUGGAGAGAGACAAGCUUCAGUUAAAGCAAGUAAGCGAAGGGAGCGUGAAAUGAAUAAAUAAUGGAUGGAAGUUGAUUUAGUUAUGUUGCACACAAAGCGUCCUUUCCAGAGGGCAGAAUGGAAGGAGAGCUUAAAGGGAGAGUUACAUGGGAUGGAUAUAAGAUGGGGGAGUGGUUUCUAGGGUGGACUCAAGGUAAGUGGGUAGAGGCAGGACCAGGGUUUGGAGAGACAUUGCCAGCUGCCAGGAGCAGAAGUGUAGAAAGUAAGAGAAGGUGGAGUAAGUAGAGUUUGUUUGGGGAUUUACAAGGAGUUGGAAGGGAAAGGGUGGAUAGGUAUGAAUAUAGCGUAUGUGAUUAACAAAGAGAGAAAGGUAGUAAACCAGGAGAAAUUAAGAUGGUGUCACUAAGAACAGGUAAUCUGAAAGAGUGAUUUUAGUAAUGAGAGAAGUGAGGGUGAAACAGACUAAUAGUAGAGAGAACAUAAAGUAGUGUUUUGUUAUAGAUGAAAAAAUUAUAAAGGCAGCUUGGACCUAGGGGAGAGUGGAGGGGUGAAGGGUUAACUGGCCUGUGUAGUUGGAAUGGCUAGUGUGUGUGUAUGUAUAUUUUACACACACACACACACACACAACCUCUUAUUUCAAUGCAGUAGAUCAAUUUUCAGGAACUCUGACAACACAGAUGACAUAAUACACAAGGACCGAAGCAUUUGCAAUAUUCAUUUCUUCUCUCUAAAUUUCAGGCUGACUAUUUUACCAGCGUGGCCACAAUUGUAUAUCUCCGAAAGGAGAAUUGCCUGUAUCAGGCUUGCCCUUCACAGGACUGCAAUAAGAAGGUGAUAGAUCAGCAAAAUGGACUUUUCCGAUGUGAGAAAUGUGACAAAGAGUUUCCAAACUUCAAAUAUCGCCUCAUACUGUCAGUGAGUAUUACAUAAAUAUAGAUUCUCUUUCUUACUAAUUUUUUAAUAAAUAGGUUUCACAUAACAAAUUGCAAUCAGCCCCAUCAAUUAAGUUAUGGUAUUGUAGAUAUCUGUUACAAUUUAUUUUUUUUAAAGAUUCUAUCUUGUAAUUCAGAAUCCUUUUAUUUACUCUCAUCUAAAUGUAAACCUAUUACACAAGAAUACACCUUUACGUUAAAAAAAAAAAACAUUCAAAAUGCAAACAGAAAUCUUGUAACUUGUUUAGUUUAACAGAUUUAAUUGUCAGAUUGGUUUCAAAUAAGUCCUUGAAGGUGUAUUGACAUUCAGAUUUUACUUUCUAAGUAUUGAUUUUAUAUUUAUUUUUUCCUCAAGUAAUGUGGUUGCCCUGCAGGUUCUGCCUGAUCAUUUAAACAAUCAGCAUUGUUUCCAGAGGAGAUUGCUGACUUUUUAAUAUGUGGAAAUAUCUUCCAAAAAAUAAAGGGGGCAUGGAGGGGAUGAAAUGUUUGGUUACAUUGCUUCCCUAUCCUCUGUUGCAGGCAGUCCUGUUUUAUAAUGGAGGUUUCCACAUAGGUCUGUCCCUGUUCAUCACAAUGCCCUUUUUAGUGUUUGCUGUGUGUCCAGGAGCUGUCAUAGAAAUGUGAGCAAUUAUUGCUGUCCUAACAAAUUCUUCUUUAAAGACCUUACUUCAAAAUUUGCAGUUUUACAAAAAAAGCAGGGAUUUCACGCUAGCAUAAGGACUGUUAUCAAAGUGUAACAUUUGGUGCUUAAGGAGUUAGUAUUUGUGCAAAUGUAUUUUUCUACCGUGGUUCAGUUGAUCAAAAUCUUAAAGGAAUACUACAGGCACCCAGACCACUUUAGCUUAUUUUAGUGGUUUGGGUGCAGUGUCCCAGGUCCCUUAACCCUCCAUAGGUAAUUAUUGCAGUUGUUGAUAUACUGCAAUAAUUACCUUGCAGGGUUAACUUCACCUCUAAGAGCAGUCUACCAGACAUCCACCAGAUAGAUUUCCGGGUGGUUAGGUGACUUUUGGUCGCCUAACAGAUGCUGGCCUGACAUGAGGACAUCUAGCGUCACCCUAACCCUCAUAGGAAAGCCUUAUACAGUGUUUAGAGUUUGUAAAUGAGAUCACCCUGUACAGCCAAAGUAUCCAAUGGAGGUUUUCAACCCAAUAUCAUUAUUCUAUACAUUACCAUUAUGUAUAUGUUUACCUUUUAUGUUUACCAUUAUCACAUCAGAUAUAGGAUCUUAUCAGUUUGUCUACACAUGCAAACACAACUUUAUUGCUCAUCUUUUUAUUCUUUAUCUGCAAACAGUUCUACCAGAAAUUUAAGCGAAAAUCUUAACCAUUGAACUGAGGAAAUCUUUUCUUUUGAUGCCAGUGAACUUGGAAUUUAAAUGUGUUUAAAAUAGCUGUUGUCUCACAGACCCUGACACCUCCUGCACUUGUCAUUUUACAGCUGCAGUAACUGCUUUAGGAAUUAAAGUCCAGCUGAAAUCUUGUUAACUUUUCUCGCGUGCUGUAACUGCUAAAUGAUUUUGCUUAAAUACACCUCUCUCGUGCUGACAUUGAUCCAGAAUACAAGAUAUAAAGCUCAAAUCUCCUGCCAAGUUCUUCCUCUGAGAAGUCUUUGUACUUGUGUUAAGACCACAAAAUGAAAUGGGCACUGUAUUGGUACAGAUGUCCAUGCUGUGUCUUUGUGCAGUUAAAUUAUCAAACAACUUAUUUUAGAGAGUAACACAAAUUCCCAACUUGUUUUCUGGCUAAAAUGCAGUGUUUUUACCGAUACAGGGUGAAACCGUGUAGCUUAUCAAUUCUUGUUUACAAGGCAGCAUGCAUUAGAUUGAAAGCAAAGAUAAAUUAAUGUUAAGUCUUUUGUGGAGAGCUGAAAUUGCUCUUACAGCCAGGAGCCUAUAUUUAGUCUGCUCUCAGGAGCCAUGGCCUGCUCCUCCUGCAUUACUGGCGCCGGCAUCAAAAGCAGAGCCUAUUUCUGCCUGUCUGUGAGAUGAAUUUAUAUGUAGGAGAGCAAACAUAAUUCUAGCUCCUGCAAAAGGCUGCCAGUUCUCCACAUGUGGUCUCACCACUUUCAUACAAGUGCUCGUUGGCCCUGACCUGACGCGUACAGAGCGGCUCUUUCUUCUCUCAGGCUCAUUAUAUUCAUCAGCCCUCAGCAGCUGUGACGACUUACAUUCAAGCUGUUUAAUGCCUGUCGAAAUCCCUAAUGAUCUAAAAUGGCAGUAGGAUGUUGUGGAACGUAUAAAUAACAGGCUGUUGGCGAAAUUUUGAAUUGAGCACUUGUUUUAUUUUCUGACUUCUGGAUUCCCCUUGCCCUGAUCGCAGAGCUUCCAUUAGUGGCAAGGCUUGAGAGCCCCUUUUCUGUUAACCAGCUUAGAGCCGCGGUAGACCACAAGCAUUAGAUGUGCAUAUCUCAUAAUGGGCAGUGAUGUCAGUUGCUAUAUUUGUAUAUCGCUAUAUUAUAAAAAUCCACAUUGUGUGUUUAACUGAUUACGGACCAGUUUUUACAAUCCUAUCUUUUUAUCGGUUUAUGGACCAUCAGCAGUUUUGAAGAUUCUAUUUAAUGCUAAAUGCUCAAGACACUGAGUUGGAGUAAUGUCUUGAACUCUUUAAUUAUCAAAGUAUGUCAUUCCAUCCUCUCAAUCUAGGCUAUAAAAACCCUAUGCCUGCCCGUGUGUAAUGUUCUGUGAAUGGCACAUUUGCAUCUCUAUAGAGCCAUGCUAAAUAAGUAUGACAUUCCAUAUCAAUGAAGGGUCUUUAUUUAUCAGAUUGCUAAAAUGGCAUAGAUAUCUUGACACAUUCCAUGUCAGAGCAGUGACAAUUUAUGCACUCAAAGCCACUACAGCCCACUGUUGUAGUUAUACUGGCACCAAUCUGUUGUUUUUCGACCCUUUUUACUUCAUUUGACAAUAAGUGGUUUGCCUCCUCGUUAGAAAUAUCACUAAAGCAGAAAUUCUCCUUCUGCAUCUUCAGUAACAGUUUUGUCCAAGUAUUAAUGGAAUUGAUAUUGCUAGUAUGGAAGGGAUGCUUCCUCUUCAGCAAUAUCUAUUUGGGCUGUGAUCAUGGGAGCCUGGGAGAUGCACAGUUAAUCCCAAAUUGCUGCUAAUAAAAAAAAAAAAGGAAAGUGACACAGUGAUAAUGGUGCUUUGAUUGUCCCUUUUUUUAAGUGCCAAAUUGCUAAAGGAACAUUCCGAACACUAUAACCACUAUCGCCUUCUUGUGUAAGUCAAAAUGUCUGAGAUCGGUUUCACAAUUUGCCUGUGGUCUGCUGGGCUCCUGUCACCUCUACCUCUGGAGCUUGGGAGGAUCGUCUGUUUCUCCCCUGCAUUAAGCCUGUCAGCGGAUUACGGUCCCCGGGUAUGUUGUUGAACUGUUUGCAAUCAGUUUAAAUACGUAGCAUGGGAGGGGAACCAUAACAACUACAGGAUGCUUGGUGUUUUUCUUCUUUAAUCUUGUACUUUGUCAGUGAUUUAACUGACAGAUUACACAAUUCCAACUUUUCCAUAUGUUCCUGUUAUGUGUGUGUUCUUUUAAUAUUUACAACCAGAAAUAUUACACUUUUUCGAGAGGGUUGAUGGUUUUAGCUUGGCAAAACCUUUAUACAAUUGAGUAAAAUAAAUAUAUAUUGUACUUUACAUUUCUAGUUAUUGAGACAUUAUAGAAUUCUAUAACUCAUUAUUGGCAAAUAUACAACUUGCUUUUUCCUGUAAAUUUACUACUGCCAUCACACUUUCAGCUUUAGCCACUACAUUUCUUUUAGUGUAUUUUAGCAUCAUGUCUACAGACUUUUCAACCGUGCAUGAAAUAAAUGAUUAUUUUACAAUUUGUAAACAUUUAACACUACUGUGUGGAUUGUCACCUUGCUAAAACUUUUUUACGGAUGUACGCUUUUAACACUACUGUGGUUUCUUCUAGGCAAACAUCGCAGACUUUGGAGAAAAUCAGUGGAUUACGUGUUUUCAGGAGUCUGCAGAAGCCAUUCUUGGCCAGAAUGCUGCUUAUCUAGGAGAACUAAAAGAUAAGGUAUGCAGUUUUUAGUGUCGAGAGGUAUCCUUCUAAACUUGUGUAGAGAAGUGUGUUGAGCAGAACACUACCAUUUUUACUGCACAAUUCUGUGUAACCUCCUUUACAGUGCAUUAUGUACCAUUAGUUUAGUACUAACCCACUAACAAAAACUAUUUGAAUAACUGCUAUGUAAAAAUAAAAUCUUUCCCCAGUUGCCCAUACAUUGCAGGAGUUCUAUUUUUAGCCUAUAGAUUCUUCCACUUUGCCUUUCCAAUACAUUAUUUUACAUGUAAGAUGAAUCAGAAAAUAUCACAAAAGUGUCAUGUGUGGAAUUUACCAGCCAUUUGUAAUGCAUUAAAAUGUACCUGAGCUGAUGCGAGGUCUUUCAACAUGUUCUGAUCUUUCUCCUUUUAGUCUGCAAACCUGCCAGCAUACAGUGAGCAUUAGAAUUCUAAUUCCAGUUGUGUAUGCAUUUUGCAUUGUAGUUAAAGGAACACUAUAGUUUUAGUAGUACAAAUGUGUGUAUCUAACUCUUUAGUGUCCCGUUAGUUUUUAUUAUGAUGCAAAUUCCAGUUUGUUUUGGAUUCAUUCUUUUUUAUUUAUGGUGUCUAAAGCAUCCGGUUGGCUUCUUUUAUGUAACUAGCUAAAGAAAACAGUGGUUUAUUUAAAGGCACAGUUUUUUUAGUUUUUUUGUCUGCACUUGGCCUUGAGCUUAGGUAUGAAUGAUUUGCAAAAUGCAUAAUAGUUUCUGGGAAUAACUAUUGGUUGGAAAGCGCUAAUAGCUCUAAAAUGACAUAUUUUUUUUAUUUCUGCACCACACUUUAGGUGUGAUUUCAUCAAUCCAAGUUGGCAUCAGGGUGUAGAGUUUAAAUGUGUUCCAAGCAGGAAAUGACUAAGAAAACGUAUUUCUUUAGAAGCACAAUCAAAAGUAAUACUCUAACUCAUAACUUGGCAACUUGUGUGUUGGGUUUUAUUUUUGUCUGAUUUGAGCUUUCAAGUACGUAUUUUAAAAAAUAUAUAUAUAUAUAUAAUAUAUCCUCAUGGUACAACUAAUGUUGGAAGCUUCAGUCAUGGUGGUGAUGUUUGUAAGUAUCUCAUGUGAGCAGCUACUAGCUACCUGGAGAUGCUAUUUUUUGGGGGGGAAAGAAGUCUGUUCGAGAAAGGUUAAGUGUUGAUGAGUGCUGUAUCACAAUAAUCAUUUCAUCCUGUGGCCUGCUUUUACUCUAAAAUCUUGUAAUGCUGGACAACAACUCACUUAAUUGUCUGUGAGUCUAAAACCGACAGAAAAUUGCUUGCACUAAAGUGAACGACAUCUGGGGAAACAGACACCCCUUGCUUUCAGAUUGUCAUAUUCUGUCAGAUCCUCCGUAAUUUCGAAUCUUUGUAUAUUCGACUUUCCGUAACCUCAGCACUGUAAUCGUAUUGCCUUCUUACUCUUAUGUUUUCUCAUACCUUUCUCUUUGUGUUGGUACAGAAGCUGCUUUGUUAUUUUUCAGAUUAUCCUCACUUGAAUGAUACAGCAAUGAGUAGUUGUGCUUCUAAUCCAUAUAAACUUUGCACUACAGAAUACGGAAUUUAUAUUAGUUUAUGGUCUAUACCAGGUCUUUGCUGUAACAUGCAUCUUUAAAUAUACUGGAUUAUAAUAGUUGUUACGUGGUUUUCCACCACUUCCUCUUGUGUAAGCGAAUUGUAUUUCUGAUUACAAGUAUAUAGGUUUUUAAUUUUCAAAGUAUUUUAUUGAAGAUAUAGUCACAGGCCUAAGACAAAGUAAGGAUGAUAUAUAAUUUAAUAGAAGUUACAGGGUUGAAGAAAAACUAAUAAUGAGAGAUUAUACGUUCAAGAAAGAGGUACACACUAUGAAUAAUCAUUGUCAACAACGAAGUGGAUCAAUAGUAACCAAAUGAUAUGCGUUGACUUCUCUAUUUUAACUUAUUUUUAAUCCCGCAAGGGAAAUUGGUAAAUAAGAGAUGACGUGAGAAGAAUAAAAAAAGGACAAGGAAGUUUUAUGAGUAAAUUACUUGCUUUUGUGCAGGGGCAACAACAAAAUCCAAUAAUUCCCAGUUCUAGUACAGGAAUGUCUCUAAAGGUUAUUUUGGCUUUUUUGAGAAGUGAGGCGCAGUCUGCAAAAAGCAAUGUAAUGUUCCAAACCAAAAAAAAAAAAAAUUUAAUGUCCCAUGAUUUAGGGAUCGACCGAUAUUGAUUUUUUAGCGCCGAUACCGAUAUUCUGUGAACUUUCAGGCCGAUAGCCGAUAUAAUUUGCCGAUAUUCUGUACAUUUACCAUUUUGGAAAAUAAAAACUAUUUCUAAAGGUAAAUGCACAAAAUAUACAUGCCACAUGUAGUGGAUGCAGUGUGUUUAGACAGGGGAGCUGUGUGUGUUUGUGUAGUGGAUGCAGCGUGUGUUUGUGUAGUGUGUUGAGGAUGCAAUGUGUGUUUGUGUAGUGGAUGCAGUGUGUAUUUGUCGAGUGUGUGUAGUGGAUGCAGUGUGUAUUAGUGUAGUGUGUAUAUAAUGAAAGCAGAGUGUUUGUGUAGUGUGUGGGUAGUGUGCAUAAAGUGAAUGCUGUAUAUAGUAAAUGCAAAGUGUGUAUUUGUGUAGUGUGUGUGUGUGUGUGUAUAGUGAAUGUAGUGUGUUUAUAUAAUGCAGA